ACUUCUUUGCAUUCCUUCUCGCUGGUUUCGCUCUCAGCCCACUGUUUCUCUCUCCCUGCUUCAUCUUCUUUGGACUGGAAGAGUUACGUGCGUCUCUCGAUCGUCGUCGUCUCUUUGUAUUCCCUCUCAGGCCACUGGAAAUCUUCUUUCAAUCUUUUUGUCGUCAUCGUCGUCGUUGCUCGCAUUGUAACCUUCUGUCUCAGUCGGUCAAGUUCUCUGGAAAUCUCUGGGUUUAAAGGACAGCGCCGACUGCCAUGAAAGAAGGAAAGUUCGAAAUACCGAUUAUCAAAAGCUCGGAAAUCGAGUACGUCAAAGAAAUUGCAAGAGGCACAUAUGGAGCUGUGUACCUGGGCAAGUGGCACGGACUUGAGGUUGCCAUUAAGAAGCUGAAGCCAAGCUCAGCGGAAAAGAAUGGCGGGGUUUCAGACUUUUGGAGGGAAGCGCUUAUUCUAUAUCAUCUCCGACAUCCAAAUAUUGUGAAGUUCCAUGGUGUAGUUUCUGAUGGACCUGUCACAGACACGGCAACGGUAACAGAGUUCAUGGUGAGCGGUUCUCUUGGAAAAGUUCUUGGAAAGAAGGAUAGAACGGUGGAUCACAGAAAAAGGAUAUUAAUUGCAAUGGAUAUAUCCUUGGGAAUGGAGUAUCUACAUGCCAAUAACAUUGUACACUUCGACCUAAAAUCUGAGAACUUGCUCGUAAAUACGAGGAAUCCCUUGAGACCCGUGUGCAAGAUCGGUGAUUUGGGGUUAUCGUUGCUUAAACAAAACGAAGGAGUCGAUAUUAGUAUGAGAGGGACUCUGUCCUGGAUGGCACCAGAGCUUCUGAACAAAAAGAGAAGCUUGGUAACGGAGAAGGUUGACAUCUACUCGUUCGGAGUAGUCAUGUGGGAACUAUUGACAGGGGAGAGACCGUAUGCUAAAAUGCAACCAAAGGACAUAAUAGACAAUACCUCCCCUGUUAAGAGCUCUCAUAUGACUACUCCAAACGAGUAGAUGUCAACCUAUAGGAAAUUAAUAAGCGAUUCACAGAUUGUGAUUUCAUAAGCAAGUGUAAUAGACUUCCAUCAAGCUUCUCUUACCGGGAUAGAGUUCUUCACAUACCAUCAACAAUUCCUUUUUUUUUUUAAUUAUUAAUAAAACCUAGCUCGCCAAUUUGGUUUAAAAUGGUAAAACUUCAAGAUUUAGUAAAAAAACUAUUGAAAAUGUUAAAUUUAUAAAAAUUUAAAAAUUAACUAAAAAUAAUGUAUAUCAAAUAAAGAUACCAUAACCAAAACAAACUUGAACAAUUUAGAGUUAAAAUCAAAAGCAAUAGGAUUCUUAUACCUUGCACAUGGGUGGUAGAGGAUUCUUCAUAUUCAAAAGUAAGUUAUUAGAUUUUAAUUCACGAUAGACUAUGUUAUUCUCAUAUAGAUAUUACACUCCCGAUGAUGUAUCCAUUGCUAAAAAUAGCAUCUUAGAGACAAUAUCAAUAAUUUUUCUUUUCAUUCUACUCUACUAAAAUUGGGGUUGCAUGCUUUGAUACAUCUUAAUGUUUUCAGGAUGCAUAGUGAACUUUUAACUGUGAGCCUCUGUUAUAAUAUCUCUUUUUAGUUCACUAUUAUUUGGAACACACACUGUGUCUUGGAAUCUAAGCAACUCAUAAGCAGAGAUUCGAAAUUUUGGAUUUACGUCCUGUUUUGUAUCCUUUUUGAGAGUUGCUAGAGUGGAGUCAAUCAGUUAGGUUUCUUUUAUUCUUUGAAUCAGUUCGGGUUGAACAGUUAGAAAGGCUAGACAUGUGACCAUUUUUAAAUUUCAAAGUUGUAUAUGUUCUGCAGCCUUUAUUACCUUGUAUUCAAAAACUAUUAUGUAAGUCAAUAUAUCUGCACUUUUUCCUGCUGAGCGCGUCAGCUAACA